CCCGAAUGAAAGAUCACUAAAUAUGUGGUUGGCAGUUUGCGUUCGAUCGGUGAUUGGGGCUUCAAUCCAUGACUACCCCACUAUACUUCCACAGUAUAGUGACCAAUUAUGGAGUAUGGCAACGGAUUAUUUCCAAGUGAGUCCUGAUAGUCCUCCUAAGUUGAUGAAAAUUGAGGAGUUGGAAAACACACCUCCGCCAGAGUCGCUUGAAGUCAAGAAGUAUAAAUUUAGAGAGCAUUGUUUCAAUGAAAUGAGAGCCAGCUAUAGAAAAUAUAGGUCAAGAUUGCAUGACAAGUACAAGAAGUAUGAAACAGAUGAAGAGCGGAUGGAGCAUAUCCCUGAAGGAUUAUCUGCAGAAGAUUGGCAACAAAUGUUGGAACUGUUUGCAUCUCCAAAAUUUAAGGCUCUUAGUUUGAAAAAUGCUAAUAAUCGCUCAAAUCAAAAGGUCAUUGCCUUCACCGGACCAACGCCAUUUGCACAAACAGAAUAUGAUAUGAUUGAUGAGAAAACUGGAAAACUACCAUCUGCCUCGGAAGUUUGGAUGGCGCAACAUAGCAGUUUGAAUUCAAAUAAUGAGCGGAAGUGGGUGGAUAGUUCAUCAGAGCAUUAUUAUCAUGAGAUAAGAAGAACAGAAGAAGAAGUCAUGCCUGUGGAUGAGACUGUUAACGAUAAUGAAGAUGUCUUGAGAGUGGUGUUUGGUGCUCGCUCUGGCUAUGUUCGCGGAAAAGGUACUGGGUACAAGUCAACUGCAAAGGGUAUGACAAACAAUCAGAAUUGGAAGAUAGAAAAACUGGAGGCUCAAGUUGUUGACCUAACUGCAAAAUUAGCAGAUCAAGGCAAACAAAAUCUAUCCUUAACCCAAAGGUUCGAAAAAUUGAUGGAAAUGAUGGAAAAUGAAAGGCAUGAAUCAUCUUCUCGCAGUGGGCAAAGGGAGGAUGCUCUCACUUCGGAAGACACACGUGGAGAAGAAUAUACAAGGAAUGAAUGUUUUAGUAAGGCUAGACGUGCGAAUAAGAAACAAAGUGCACCACACAAGCAGGUUUCGAACUCAAAAAGGAAAAAUAGGGAGCUAAGAGAAGAAUGAUGGUUAAUGGUGGAAACAUGGUGCCGUAUGCAGAGUUAUAAGUGGUAGUCUUUUUUUUUUGUUAAGAGAGAUAGUAGAACAAAUCAUGGAUUUAGAACUUGUUAUCCAAUAUUUUUUUAGUUUUUUCUUGUUUCAUUAGAGAAUGGUUAUUCUUUCAAACUAUGAAUGUUGGUUUUCCUAGUCUUGGAUGGGAUGACAUUGUAGUAGCUUUUUUCUAAUUUUUAUGGAGAUGAUUUUAU